GACAGAAUAAAAGUGAGCUGAUCCGCUGCCUCAGCCAGGACGAACACGAGAUCUUGGAGCUGUUUGUCCACUCUCGGUGAUCAGAGGAUGACCACGGAUGCUCAGCGAAUACUCGUAUGACUUCCGAAGAUUUCUCCUACAGAAGAGCUGACUCUAAGUGGACAUACAGUCUUUCGGACCGGGCAGGAGCAGGAAAGUUGCGCACAGUUGUUUAUUUUCAUUUUUAUCCUUGUUGGACGCACAGACCGGUAGUUUUUGAACAGCCUACAUCAGGUCUCCGGUUCAACUUUUUUUUCCCCAGAGACGUCGGAAAAGGAGUUCACUUUUUUCACCCCCUCUUUCUCUCUCCACGGGAGCUAUGAGCGGACUGCGUAAGCACGUCACUAUGGGACUGGUGCUACUGAUGUGCACGCUGACCAGCCACUCCAGCGAGAGCGCGCCCUCGGCGGCCCCGGUGAGUGCUGCAGCUGCUGCAGGCGGCAGGGACGCGCAGCAGGACUGGAGGCGGAUGGUGGAGGUCGUGAGGCACGUGGAGGAGAACCGGGGUCGCCACAGCUUGAAAACGGAAGCCCCGUUUACAUCCGUAACAAAUCGGGAGAGGAGCUCUCAGGUGGAACCAAAGGAUUUACGCAACUUGAAAACAGACAGAGGGGAGCAGGCUGUCGUUGUAUUCCCCAGAGAUCCGAAAAAGAAGGAGAAAUUCAUAAAACAUAUGACAGGUCCACUUUACUUCAGUCCCAAGUGCAGGAAGCAUGUGUACAGACUCUACCACCACACCAGAGACUGCACGAUACCUGCAUACUUCAAAAGAUGUGCGCGGCUUCUCACGAGGCUAGCCGGCAGCCCACAGUGCACAGAGGGGUAGCAGACACAUGGUUGAAAGCAAACACAAGUUCUUCAUGAGGAAAAAGAAACUUGGGAAAAAGUGCCUUGGACAGUAAGAGGGAAGCCUAAAAUACUCUGACCAACCCCAACUGACUUUAGGCACAGCACUGCCCUUCAGUGAGGCCUGCUCUGCUACGGCGUGGAUUACUGCCUCCCACCACUUGGGGCCUUGAUGGUUGGCUGUCACCACGGGCAAAAAAAUACAGCCCAAGAUAAAAAAGAUGGCGUAACUGAAGACUGGAGAAAGAAACAAGUGGCUGAGAGAAACAAACACGGGGCCUAAUUUCGUGCUGGCAUCCAAAAAGAUGUUGCCAAAACCAAAAAAAAGGGAUUGCAUAUUUUUAUUUUGUGCAUUUCUUUAAGAAAUUGUUGUUGUUUUUUUGGAUUGGUUUGCUGUGUUUAAGUGUUGUGGGUUGAGCACAUUACUUCGACCGCACGACCUGUUACGCAGACAACCAGCUCUCACAGACCCCUGCCAUCAGUCACGGCAGAGUUUCACCCACUUGUGCUCACACUGAGAGAGAACUGUGAUUAAAUUAUUAAUUGCAUGAACAUUUCUUUGCGUCUCUGCAAGAAAACAUAUUUAAAAAAGGAAGUGGCGGUUGUAAGCCACAGCCCUCCCGUGGAUCUUGCGUGGUAAAGUAUAUAUUUAUAUAUUUGAGUUGUCACAGGGUUCCACUGUACAGACUAUAGAUCAUAUGAAACAAGAGAAAUGUGUACAUACUGUAAGCAUAAGAGGAAUCCACCUAUCUACCAUAAAUUAAAGCACUGGCAUUUAUCAAAUGGCUGUUAAAUGCAUACAUAUAUAGAUAUAUCUAAAA